UAAACGAUAUGAGUUAUGACAGGUGUUACCCGGUUGGCAGGAGAGGCACACCGGGCGCUCGAGCUGCUGGAGGACUACCAUUCCCGUCUAUCGUCACCGCAGGACCGCGCCCUACGCAGCGCCAUCGAACGUGUCAUCCGGAUAUUCAAAUCGCGCCUUUUCCAGGCACUGCUCGAUAUACAAGAGUUUUACGAGCUGACGCUACUGGACGAAUCGAAAACCAUACAGCAGAAGACCGCAGAAACACUGCUGAUUGCUAGCAAAUGGGAACAGGACAAUGCCAUCAAGACGAACGAAGCAAACCGCAUCAAGCAACAGGAACAGGAGCAGCAGCAACAGUUGCAGCAGCAGCAGCAGCAGCAGUCACCGCCACAGCUUCAGCUCCAGCAGGAGGUUGAUAAGCAACCCAUCAUUGAGUUACCGUCGCCCCGGCUGACGACAACCAAAGUUCCAACAUCGAAUGCGAAUGAAACAAAACAGCUUAACGGCGAUUCGCCCUGGGAGUACGAUGAGAUAACGCUGAUACGUGGUUCGACCGGCCUUGGUUUUUCGAUCGCCGGCGGUACGGACAAUCCGCACAUCAAUCUCGACGCUUCGAUCUACAUCACCAAGGUGAUACCGGGCGGUGCGGCACACGUGGACGGCCGGCUGCAGGUGAACGAUUGCAUCGUGGCCGUGAACGAGGUGCGCGUUGUGAACGUAACGCACGGUGAAGCUGUCGACGCUCUCAAGCAGGCCGGCGAUCGUGUAACACUGCACAUCCGCCGGAAGCGACCACCCGCCCAGGCACCGAAGCUGGAAGAGAUCGAACUGCUGAAGGGUAGCAAAGGGCUCGGGUUUUCGAUUGCGGGCGGCAUCGGCAACCAGCACAUCCCGGGCGAUAAUGGCAUUUACGUGACGAAGAUCAUGGAGGGCGGUGCGGCCCACAUCGAUGGGCGGCUCGCCGUCGGCGAUAAGCUGAUCGCGGUCCGCACACCGGACGGUGGAGAGCGCAAUCUCGAGAAUGUGGUGCACGAGGAAGCGGUCGCAACGCUGAAGGCGAUCACCAACCGGGCGACGCUGAUCGUGCAGAAGACGAACAUACUGCAGGCGCUCGCCAACUCGAUCAGCAACCUGAACUCGCUCUCGACCAACGCGAUGAACAAUGUGGGCGUCAGCAUGGUGGAUCACGCGUCACCGGAUGCGGGUGGUGGCGGUGGCGGCGAGGCCGGUGGAGGUGACAGCGAAAUGGCACCGACGGCACGUUCCCACUCGCCGGCGUUCGCACUGGAGAACAGCUCCUCCCGGUACGCAUCGUCUAACGUGCUGGAAACGGGCAUGCCGAUCGGUACACCGCGUGCCGUUAGCAGUGAAGACAUAACGCGAGUACCACGUACGAUCGUUAUUCGGAAAGGAGCGUCCGGGCUUGGCUUCAACAUCGUCGGCGGUGAGGAUGGACAGGGAAUCUUCGUAUCGUACGUGUUGGCUGGCGGUGCGGCCGAUCUCGGUGGUGAGCUAAAGCGUGGCGACCAGCUACUGUCCGUCAACGGUAUCAGUUUGGCGAACGCAUCGCACGAAGAUGCAGCCCAAGCGUUGAAGAAUGCCGGUGGCACGGUGACGCUGGUGGUGCAGUACCGACCGGAAGACUACAACCGCUUCGAGCAGCGCAUCCAGGAGCUGAAGCAAGCGGUAGCGGCCGGUACCGGCACGCUACUGCGAACGUCCCAGAAGCGUACACUCUACGUACGCGCACUGUUCGAUUACGAUCCGAACCGGGACGAUGGGUUGCCGACGCGCGGACUCCAGUUCCGGCACGGUGACAUCCUGCACGUCACGAACGCGUCCGACGACGAAUGGUGGCAGGCGCGCCGCGUGAUCGGCGAGGACGAGGAGGAAAGCAUUGGUAUCGUACCGUCGAAGCGGCGCUGGGAGCGCAAGCAGCGGGCCCGGGACCGAAGCGUCAAGUUCCAGGGUCACGCCGGUGCGAACAAUAACAACCUGGAAAAGGUAUCUCCAACGGGCGAGGAGGUGUCGACGCUCGAUCGUAAAAAGAAAAACUUUUCCUUCUCCCGCCGGUUCCCGUUCAUGAAGAGCAAAGACGACAAGAACGAGGACGGAUCGGAUCAGGAGCCCAAUGGCAACCUGAGCGAUCCAAAUAGUCAUGAUCCCGAGCAGCCUUUCAUGCUUUGCUACACACAAGAAGACGCGAACGCCGAAGGUGGUGGUGAAAUAAUCUACCGCGUGGAAUUACCUGAUAUGGAGCAGAUAACUCUUAUCUACCUGGAGAAUAACUAUGCCGACUCGGAGGAAAACAUCUUGUCGUACGAGCCGGUGCAGCGUCUGCAAAUCACCUACACGCGCCCCGUCAUUAUACUUGGUCCGCUGAAGGAUCGCAUCAAUGACGACCUGAUCUCGGAGUACCCGAACAAAUUCGGCUCGUGUGUACCACAUACCACACGCCCGAAACGUGACUAUGAGGUGGACGGCCGGGACUACCAUUUUAUCGCGUCACGCGAACAGAUGGAAAAGGACAUCCAGAACCAUCUGUUUAUCGAGGCGGGCCAGUACAAUGAUAAUCUGUACGGUACGUCGGUGGCGUCGGUGCGCGAGGUCGCCGAGAAGGGCAAACACUGCAUACUGGACGUGUCCGGCAAUGCGAUCAAGCGGCUGCAGGUCGCCCAACUCUACCCGAUCGCCAUCUUCAUCAAGCCGAUGUCGGUGGAGUCGAUCAUGGAAAUGAAUAGACGCAUGACGGAGGAACAGGCGAAGAAAACCUACGAACGAACGCUAAAGAUGGAGCACGAGUUUGGCGAAUACUUUACCGCCAUUGUGCAAGGCGACACGAUCGAGGAGAUCUACAGCAAGGUGAAGAAUGUUAUCUGGUCGCAGGGCGGACCGACGAUCUGGGUACCGUCGAAGGAAUCUCUAUGACCGCAGGCAAGCAUCACCUGGACGCUGCCACCAAAUAUGCGCGCACGGCCCGUAUCCCGCACAUCCGGCCACCAUUGACGGUAAAACAAAAGCACGGGCACGGAGAGGUGGAGUACGAUAAGCCAGAAGAGGCCCCACGGAUGAUAGGGGUCUUGCCGCAAAAACGGAUGAGAAAGCGGAAAACACACACACACACCCUUACACAAAACACGCAGAUAAAGAAAACACAGACGGAAAAAAAAAUCGGUGGGAGAAAAGUCAUACAGAAAAAAAUGUUUGAAAACUCGACAAAAAAUUACAAAAAAAAGAAAAUGUUAAAAAUAUGUAGGAGCAACCCCUCUUUCCCCCUCCCACCCUACACGUCCUCUUCCAAUGCUUACCCCGGGCGACACCAUUUUACGAACGUUAACGUAUGUUGGUGUUUGGUCGGAUGGGCGAUGGUUUUGUUUGGGGGGGUCGAUUGUUCCCCCACGAUGGAGCGGCACCGCUUUAUUAAUCAAUUGUAUCGGAAGCGAGAAAGAGAGAGAGAGAGCGAGAGGGUGUAAGGAGCGAAUUGGGAAAAUUCUUGAUGAGAUGUGUAGGCAGCGUAUUAGCGUAAAGCAGAAUCAGACCGAAAGCAAGAUGACGUAGUUGUUUGCGAAGCGAUAGCCCCGUUUUAUUAUCCCAUUCAGGUCCGUCCCGGGCAAAAAAGGGACGCACAGAGCAUUGUUACUUGAGGUGGUGUGUUGCAUUGGAUGUAGCUAGCAAAAAAAAAAAAAAAACAACCCAUAAGUCAGUAUCAGAAAGCGUAGCAAAAAAAAAAAUGUCGGUGCUGGCAAUGGCAGGAACGCGGUUUAGCGCAAAACCCGACGGGCAAACAACUAAAAACCCCGAAAGAGAAGCAAACUUGAUCGUAUUUAUAUCGAAUACUAGACUUAUUUAGGAAUGGUGGUGUUUUGUUGUUGCGAGACAGUGUGUAGCUUUGUUCACCAUCUUAACCGUUGUAGUAGAACGAGAGGGGCAGAGUAGUUUUUUUUUGGGAGGGGGUCAAAAGGCAAACGACCGGUUGCGGUAGUAGAAACGCACUAUUGUACAGAAGGAAGGGUUUUCUUGUAUGAGCAAAAGAGAGCUAAAGAGAGAGAGAGGGAAGAGCAGCAUCCUUUACAGUGUUUUUCAGUCCAUACAGACAAGUGUCCACAUGUUUAAAACAAUAAUUGAUUUCGAGUUAGAAACAAACGCACUGUUGUUAUAUCUCGAAUCGGGCUUUGUGUUUUGUGUCAAGUAGACACUUGAGCUAAUGGAACACCUGCGAAAAACACUGGUUUAGCUCAACGAUUCGUAACAGCAACCAACAAAACCAACGUUACGCGAUAUCCUCCAUUUCGGUUAAGGUUAAGGACACGGCUACAGCAUAUCCCAAAAAAAAAAAAAACAAACAUGGCGGAACAUGGGAAGCAAACGAUUUGCAGGUUAGAAGAAGCAGAAGAAGGUCACGAAAUAAUUAUGUAGCAAACACACACACACACACUCACGUACAGCAACACAUGUAUUUGGUAUGCUUUCCUUUCCCCCCCCCCCCCAUCUCCCUUGUCAUCCCCUCCUUUACCAGUCCCGGUUUUUGUCCCCCCCCCCCCAUUAGAUGGCCGAUUAACCCGCUUCAUCCUUGUGGCAUGAACGUGAAGCAAAACAAACAGGAACAAGCAAACGCAGAAAAGCAGACAUGCGACAGGAAUGUUGUUGUUUAAUUAAAACAAAAAUAAUUGCAAACAAUUGUGUAAUUAAUGAACUUUUGUUUUUAAUUAUUAUUGAAUAAUAAUUUUAUUUUAAAUGUAAACGAAUUGUAGCGUAGCCCGGUGGCGUCGUUGUACUGGUGAAGCGCUUUUUUUAAUCUUAGUUUAUAUACAUGUUUAAAGAAAAACGAAAAAAAGCACAUCCACGAUAAAACUGUUUUUUUUUUUAAUAUUCCGGUUCCGCUUUGUGUUUUUGUAUAGGUGACGGAGGUUUUUUGUUUGUGUGGGGCUCGGGUUUCGUUCAGGUAACCACUGGUGUUUCGCUUCUAGCAUUCGAUUCCAUCCUGUAGGGCGCUUUACGUUUGUGGUUGUGACAGUGGUGUGGCAAUGGAAGGCAAUAAUCAAUCCCCUCCUCUCAGGCAUAAUUUUUGGCCAAUCGAACUACGAAGUUUUGCACGUUGUUCCGUUGAUUUUAACUUAUCUUUUGCUGUUUGCUUAGCGAUUAGGGCAACAAAACCGGGGAGCGCGUGAAGAGUAAAGCUAUAGUAAUUAAUAAAUAAUAGUAAAAUACAUUUUGCAACACUCGGAACACUUUAAACACCACUACAGAGAUGUAGGUAGGGAGAGGGAGCGCGUAAUAUAGAGUUAGUACGGCUAAACGAAUCUAAAUAUACUUACCAAAAUGUUUGGCUCACACUCCCAGGAGAGUUCGCGGGAGUUGGAGUUCACAUGGAGCAGAACAGAAAUCAAGAGCCAAAAAAUGCAAUAAAACACCGUGCGCAGAAAAGCAAUAGCUGGCUCCGGUCAAUGUCUCAACUACUACUGUACGAACCACCAUAGGAAUAUGAUUCCUUGAUAACUGCUUUAUAGAACGCGUAGGGAAGUGUAUAUAAGGCGACUCAUACACAAAAGAGACUUCCUCGAUGGCGCCCGGUCUGCGUCCACAGCUCUCCGUUCUAGUGGCGGUGUGCAUGGUGGAGUCCUUUACACAACAACUAUAGGCAUAUAUUUAUAUCGAAACACAAACGGGGAAGAAUGCGCGGAUAUCGUACACAAACACACACACACACACUCAUGGAAGCACUAUAGUCACUGUUUGUAGGACACGAUGCCCUUGGCGUGACUUCGGCAGCAUAUUCGGAAGUCCUCAGACGAACACGACCGAAACACGUUUAUUAGCGGACAAUCAAGAUUGAGGCAAAGUUCAUUCAUCUGCGUACCCUGGAGAGCUCAAGAAUGUUGGAUGAACUCUGGCAAACGGACCUAGCAGGGGCGGGUCAGUCUAAGAUCUUCCUUCCAAAUAAAAGAAAAUUUGCUAAGUUGAUAAAAUUUGAAAUACAAAAACCCUUAUCCUUAAAAAAGAGCUCCAUCUGGGAGGAGUGCUUAGGGAGGAUAUCCAAUCACUCGAGAGCGCUGAUAGCUAUGUGGAGAGCCAAAUGUUCAGUAUUUUGGAGCGAAGCUGCGUGUGUUUUUUGGUGCGCGUGUGUGUUUUGACCUCAUACAAUAUGACCAAUUUAGAGGACAAAACUUCAUUGUCUGUCUGUAAUCCGUAUACUCGCCCCCCCUCCCCCUCUUUUUCCUCUCUACCCGCCCACCCAAUCCGUUCCGUCCCACCCGAAAGGAUCUUGUGCCAAAGCGUAGAUUCUGGCGUUUUGUCUUGUUGGCUUUCGUUCCGCCGUUCCCGAUUGGUUGAUACGCGUAACGCUUAGCGGGAAACUGUCCAAGCGUAAUGUGGACACACACACACAGAAGUCCCACCAGACCUCUGCCGAGCCAUUUCGUUCCAUUUUGUUUUUCUACCUUUCGCACACUCUGUAGAUUACACCUAGGCAUUGCUUUCACGAAUUCUUGCCUAUUUUUUUUCUGAGUUUCCUCCAAACGCUUUAGAGCUUGAACGGAGCAGUUUGUUACAGGUUGAAUCAAGCUUCACCAUUAGCGAAAACGUAUCAGAAGCAGAAUUAAAUCUCUAAGCAGAAAAAAAAUCACAUAGGAACAAUAGUACGCAAAAUUGCAAUAAAUACACCGAAAACCGCAAAAUAAGUAAUAAAAGAAACCUUUAGACCUCGUGAACGGAAACGUAAAGCAAAUAUAAAGGCAAACUUUAGACGAUAAAAACAUUAACACUAAAAGCAAAACCCCCUCCGAGUGGAUGGUUCACGGUGAGGUUCAGAUAGAAAUCGAACACGCAUUGCAAAAAAGCAAAAUAAAAAUCCCUCUAAACCUGUAGAAAGAAAAAUGAAAGAAAAUAA